CGGGCCGGGCGCACGGCGAGGCCGCGGCGGCGGGGCGGCCCGGGAGCUCGGGAAGCGGCGGCAGCGGCGGCGGCGGCGAGGCCGCUCCACCGCACACGCACACACAGACCCCGGCAGCGGGAACGCAGAUGACACGCCCGUAGCAUGGAAGCCGCCGCCGCCGCCGCCGCUACGACGACAGCAGCCGCAGCCACAGCAGCAGCAGCCGGCGGCGCCGCGCUGAACAAAGGUCAUCCGAGCUGCGGCCCGGACGCCCGGGCUUGACCGCUGCGAAGGCCAACCCCGGGAAGGGGGGUAUGUUCUGUUUUGUGCUUUUUCUUUUAGAAGCUACUAAAGGGUGUUGGGGAUACUUCUGACUAUUAUGAAGGCCAAAAGGCCUGUUGACUGGGGCUGCUUUUAACCCUUUCAUAUUUGCAGAGAAUGCGACCGUGUGACAGUAACUGAACAUUGGUCCAGAGUCUUCCCAAAAGGUCAAGGUUCAGAAGGGAUGUGCUGUGUUCUUCACUGUUGGUAUGGACCUUGGUCACGUGUCUCAGAACGUCUGAUCACAUUCAUGACCAUGGGGGAUAUGAAGACCCCAGACUUUGAUGACCUCCUGGCAGCGUUUGACAUCCCAGAUAUGGUCGAUCCAAAAGCAGCCAUUGAGUCUGGACAUGAUGAGCAGGAGACCCACAUCAAGCAGCACGCUCAUGCAGACGACGACUCCCACACACCAUCCUCUUCCGAUGUGGGUGUCAGCGUUAUCGUUAAGAAUGUUCGUAACAUCGAUUCCUCCGAGGGCGCGGAGAAAGAUGGCCACAAUCCCACGGGCAAUGGCUUGCAUAAUGGGUUUCUCACCACAUCCUCUCUUGACAGUUACAGUAAAGAUGGAUCGAAGUCCUUGAAGGGAGAUGUGCCUACCUCAGAGGUGACUUUAAAAGACUCAACUUUCAGCCAGUUUAGCCCUAUCUCAAGUGCUGAAGAAUUUGAUGAUGAUGAGAAGAUUGAGGUGGAUGACCCCCCUGAUAAAGAGGACGUGCGUCCAGGUUUCAGAUCGAAUGUGCUGACAGGUUCAGCUCCCCAGCCAGACUAUGAUAAACUGAAGGCACUUGGAGGGGAAAACCUAAGUAAAACCGGAAUCUCUACUUCAGGCAAUACAGAUAAAAACAAAGUUGCUAAGAGAGAAACAGAAACAAAUUCUAUAAAUCUGAGUGUUUAUGAACCUUUCAAAGUCAGAAAAGUAGAGGACAAAUUGAAGGAAAACUCUGAAAAGGUGCUUGAAACCAGGGUCCACGACGGGAAGCCGAGCUCUGAGAAGAAUGAUGCCACCCUUAGCAGCGUCGCACCGUCGAGGACAAAGCCAUCUUCCAAGCUUUCUUCAUGUAUAGCUGCAAUCGCAGCACUUAGUGCUAAAAAGGCUGCUUCAGACUCCUGCAAAGAACCAGUGACCAAUUCACGGGAAUCCUCCCCAUUACCAAAAGAAGUAAAUGAUAGUCCUAGGGCCAUUGAGAAGUCUCCUGAAUCCCAGAGUCUCAUUGAUGGGACAAAAAAGGCAUCCCUAAAGCAGCCGGAUAGUCCCAGGAGCAUUUCAAGUGAAAACAGUAGCAAGGGAUCACCAUCCUCUCCCGCGGGAUCGACACCAGCAAUUCCCAAAGUCCGCAUAAAAACCAUUAAGACAUCUUCUGGGGAAAUAAAGAGAACAGUGACAAGGGUAUUGCCAGAAGUUGAUCUCGACUCUGGAAAAAAGCCUUCUGAGCAGACAGGGUCCGUGAUGGCGUCUGUGACGUCACUUCUGUCAUCUCCAGCCUCGGCCGCCGUCCUUUCCUCUCCCCCCAGGGCACCACUGCAGUCGGCGGUCGUUACCAAUGCGGUUGCCCCUGCAGAGCUGACCCCCAAACAGGUCACUAUUAAGCCUGUGGCAACCGCCUUCCUUCCAGUGUCUGCCGUGAAGACAGCAGGAUCACAAGUCAUUAAUUUGAAGCUCGCUAACAACACAACGGUCAAAGCCACGGUCAUAUCUGCCGCCUCUGUUCAGAGCGCCAGCAGCGCCAUCAUUAAAGCUGCCAACGCCAUCCAGCAGCAAACCGUUGUGGUGCCGGCUUCCAGCCUGGCCAGUGCCAAACUUGUGCCAAAGACUGUGCACCUCGCCAACCUUAACCUUCUGCCUCAGGGCGCCCAGGCCACCUCUGAGCUCCGCCAAGUGCUAACCAAACCUCAGCAGCAAAUAAAGCAGGCAAUAAUCAAUGCAGCAGCCUCGCAGCCACCCAAGAAGGUGUCUCGCGUCCAGGUGGUGUCCUCCUUGCAGAGUUCUGUGGUGGAAGCUUUCAACAAGGUGCUGAGUAGCGUCAACCCAGUCCCAGUUUACAUCCCCAACCUCAGCCCUCCUGCUAACGCAGGCAUCACGUUACCCACCCGUGGGUACAAGUGCUUGGAGUGUGGCGACUCCUUUGCUCUCGAGAAGAGUCUGACUCAGCACUACGACAGACGCAGCGUGCGCAUUGAAGUAACGUGUAACCACUGUACAAAGAACCUCGUUUUUUACAACAAAUGCAGUCUUCUUUCCCACGCCCGGGGGCAUAAGGAGAAGGGAGUUGUGAUGCAGUGCUCCCACUUGAUUUUAAAGCCCGUUCCAGCAGAUCAAAUGAUUGUUUCUCCAUCAAGCAAUACUUCUGCUUCAUCUUCCGCUCCUCUGAGCUCUGUGGGAGCCGGCACACACACUGUAACCAAAAUCCAGUCUGGCAUAACCGGGACGGUCAUAUCGGCUCCUUCAAGCACACCCAUCGUUCCAGCUAUGCCUCUGGAUGAAGACCCAUCCAAGCUCUGUAGGCAUAGUCUGAAAUGUUUGGAGUGUAACGAAGUUUUCCAGGAUGAGACGUCGCUGGCUACACAUUUCCAGCAGGCUGCAGAUACAAGUGGACAAAAGACUUGCACUAUCUGCCAGAUGCUGCUUCCUAACCAGUGCAGUUAUGCAUCCCACCAGAGAAUCCAUCAGCACAAAUCUCCCUACACCUGCCCUGAAUGCGGGGCCAUCUGCAGAUCGGUGCACUUCCAGACCCACGUCACCAAGAACUGUCUGCACUACACCCGGCGAGUUGGUUUUCGAUGUGUACAUUGCAAUGUUGUGUACUCUGAUGUGGCCGCACUGAAGUCUCACAUCCAAGGUUCUCACUGUGAAGUCUUCUACAAGUGUCCCAUUUGUCCCAUGGCGUUUAAGUCUGCCCCAAGUACACAUUCCCAUGCCUACACACAACAUCCUGGCAUCAAGAUAGGAGAACCAAAUGUAUGGUCAGGCAUGUUUCCCUGCUGUCUACAAGGAAACUUUGAACACCCUUUAAUCUUUUCUGGAAUAAUAUAUAAGUGUUCCAUGUGCGACACUGUAUUUACCCUGCAAACUCUGCUGUAUCGCCACUUUGACCAACACAUCGAAAACCAGAAGGUGUCUGUUUUCAAGUGUCCAGACUGUUCUCUUUUAUAUGCACAGAAGCAACUCAUGAUGGACCAUAUCAAGUCUAUGCAUGGAACAUUGAAAAGUAUUGAAGGGCCUCCAAACUUGGGUAUAAACUUGCCUUUGAGCAUUAAGCCUGCAACUCAAAAUUCAGCAAAUCAAAACAAAGAGGACACCAGAUCCAUGAAUGGGAAAGAGAAAUUGGAAAAGAAAUCUCCAUCACCUGUGAAAAAGUCAGUGGAACCCAAGAAGGUGGCCAGUCCUGGGUGGACGUGUUGGGAGUGUGACCGCUUGUUCACACAAAGAGAUGUUUACAUUUCCCACGUGAGGAAGGAGCACGGGAAGCAAAUGAAGAAACACCCCUGCCGCCAGUGUGACAAAUCUUUCAGCUCAUCACACAGCCUGUGCCGUCACAACCGGAUCAAGCACAAAGGCAUCAGGAAAGUUUAUACCUGCUCGCACUGCCCAGACUCCAGGCGUACCUUCACGAAACGGUUGAUGCUGGAGAAACACAUCCAACUCAUGCACGGUAUUAAGGAUCCUGACUUGAAAGAAAUGACUGAAGCCACCAAUGAGGAGGAAACAGAAAUAAAAGAAGAUACCAAGGUUCCCAGUCCCAAGCGGAAGUUGGAAGAACCAGUUUUAGAGUUCAGACCUCCCAGAGGAGCAAUUACUCAACCACUGAAAAAGCUAAAGAUAAACGUUUUUAAGGUUCACAAAUGUGCUGUGUGUGGCUUCACCACCGAAAACCUGCUGCAGUUCCACGAACACAUCCCUCAGCACAAAUCGGAUGGCUCGUCCUACCAGUGUCGGGAGUGUGGCCUCUGCUACACGUCUCACGUCUCCCUGUCCAGGCACCUCUUCAUCGUGCAUAAGCUGAAGGAGCCGCAGCCGGCAUCCAAGCAGAACGGCUCCGGGGAGGACAACCAGCAAGAGAAUAAGCCCAGCCUCGAGGACGAGACGGCCGAUGGUGCGGUGUCAGACCGAAAGUGCAAAGUGUGUGCAAAAACAUUUGAAACGGAAGCUGCCUUAAACGCUCACAUGCGGACACACGGCAUGGCCUUCAUUAAAUCCAAAAGAGUGAGUUCAGCUGAGAAAUAGCCACAGACCUUCCAGAGGGAAGAUCCCUGUCCACAUUGGAAUCAAAAAAAGACACUUUUGUUACGGAAAGUUCACAGUAUAUUAGAGUUAACAGUACUGUCUAGGCUGUUGCAAUAUAUUCUCUUUCAAUGUACCUUCUCCACCUCGUCAUGUAUAUCCUCGAUAAGUAUUAAAACAGUAUUUGAGUUUAAAAGAGUUUGUAUAUAUUUAAAUGAAUAACUUUUUAUACUCUUUGUUACAUGUUUGUAUCAGUAUUUAGUGGAAAAUAUUUUGAGUUUUGUUUUGUUUUUCUUUUUUUUGGGGUUAGACUUUUCUUUUUGUACCGUUUCUUUAAAACCAACUUCUUAGUAACAGGGGCAGUUCCUGAAUUCAAAUAAACCAUUUUGUAUGUUACAGAUUUGAAUGGGUUAACUAAUUACAGGCUAAGAUGAUGCCUUUUUUAGUGUUUUUAAUUUUUAGACUUCACUACAUAAACUGUAGGUGAUUGUGGGUCUCGAAACACUAGGGACUUUUAAGUGUCUUAGCACUACCCUCAACGUGCCUGCUCAAAAGAGUGCGCUCUCAGACAGAAAUGCACUCCGGCGUGUGGCGUUUUUUCCUUCCAGGCCACGGCAAGCGGUGUUGAAAGCCUUGUAGGUAGCUUCUUUCCCAGUGGUGGACAAAAACGUAGGCCAGAAGUCCAGUAAGGAAUGUGGAUUUUCCUUAAUUCCACCAUAGAAUGGGGAAGACAGGUGUUCUGAAGGCAAAAAUGGGGACUGAUUGUUCUCUGGGCACAUCUGCAAGGCUGGCUUAAAGAGCACAAGGAGGUAAAAGUCGCGAAAGGGCUGGAGUACUGUAACAGUUACAAAUGUGUAGUUAGACCAAUAGAUUUACAUUGUCAGGUUUUUCUCGUGAUUUAUUAAUUAACUAUUACAAAAACUCAAUGGAAAAUAUCAAGUAUUACUCUGGCUCUUGACAGGAAAAAAAAGGAAAUCACAGUUGACUUAACCCUUUGCUGUCUAAAAGAGUUGGCAUUUCCUGAUCUGGGUGCUACUGCCAAACGUUCUGGUACUUAGAGUUGGGAUGCGCAACUUCAACCACUGACUUAUCAAUGCAGCAGCUCGCGUGUCACAACGGGCCGUUAGAUUAAGCACUGAGCCGCCUGGUUUUCGUUCAGUCAUGUCAACAGGUCCCUUUAAUAUCAGUAGUUCUGCUUUAUUGAAGUGCAGCUGAGGUACUUACUCUUCUGUCCCUUCCAUUUAUAGUUCUCUGGGAGAGUUAUAUUUUUCAGUUUUUGUUUUGUGUUUUCUUUUGCAUUUUAUAUCUUGUAUUUAUCCCUAAACAUGUUUUGUACUUUUUUUUUUUAAGAGAAAUUCUUUUGUGUAUAUAUAGAUACUUGCAUGAUAUACUGUAGUCAAUGUUCGGUUCCUCAAAAGGUCUUGCUGCUGUCGGUGUUAAUGCACUACAUCCAUCAUAACUGUAUUAAACACAUUUCACAUGUAAAUAAACGUGGGACAUUUGGCCCUUGUGCUUCUGUGAGAGAGUUAUUGAUAGUGGAUCUCUGACGUCUUCAUGAAGUUUAGGAAGUGAUUCAUUGCAGGGAUAGGCUACAGGAUAUUGCAGACUUCUUCCCAGCAGAAGGAUGGCAUAUUCAUUUUCAUUAGCAGUCAGCUAUUUUGUCACUUUCUUGUUGACUCCAUCAGUACGUUGGUUUAACCCAAGGACAUGAUUAAGUAUUUCUCAACUUGAAUUCGAUUGCUGUUACUUGUUCUAUUUAUACCUGUAUUGUUCUUAAGUUGUAUUCAUGGCACUUUCAUAUGUUUCUGCAUUUGAACCUUGCAAUAAACCAUGAGGUGGGCUGCACAGGUCUUAAUAGCCCAGUGUUACAGUUGAGGAAGCUGAGCUCAGAUCAGAUUCUUUGCCUAAGCCCCUCAUAGCUGGUAAGUGGCUUUGCUGUUAGAACCCAAGUAUUCUUGCUCUCAAUCUAGUGCUCGCUCUAUGUGUUUAUGUACAUAGUGACAAAUAUUCACUUAUUCAACAAAUAAAAAGUAUGUGCAAAACAUGAUACUA